CUCACAGGGCCUCACACGGCCUCACAUCCUCUUGCCUCUGAAUCCUCUCAAACCACACCAGGGCACCCAAGUGCUUCCGAUAACUCCCCUGCACACCCGGCAGUGCUUCAGCCUCUCACAGAUUCCUGCACACACCCAAGAACUCUCACGCUUACGCACUCUCUGUGGCCUGCCUCAGUUCACCCACCAUGGCACCCCGUGUGGCCCCACUGCUGGUCUUCAGCCUGUUGGUUCUCGGGACCUUCCCAGCCCCAGCUCUUGGGGGUGCUAACGAUGCGGAAGACUGCUGUCUGUCGGUGACCCAGCGCCCCAUCCCUGGGAACGUCGUGAAAGCCUUCCGCUACCUUCUUAUGAAGGAUGGCUGCAGGGUGCCUGCUGUUGUGUUCACCACACUGAGGGGCUACCAACUCUGCGCACCCCCAGACCAGCCUUGGGUGGAACGCAUCAUCCGAAGACUGAAGAAGUCUAAGAGCAAACACAGCAGCAGUUAACCAUGACGGCACCAGAAGGAGCCCUGUGUCUUGAGCAAAGGGAUCUGAAUCACACUGGCUCAAGGAACCAAGGCCCAGAAGAGAGGACCAGGCCUCCUGAUGCUCUGCUCCAGACCUAACCCAGCCAGGGCUGUGCCUAGAGCAUCAAUAUGAAUGUGCGGGUUUGUGUGGCGAGAGCACAGCCUCUCCCUGGCUAGACUGCAGGGCUUCCAAUAAAGCUGCUUGG